ACAGGAUCCUCCGACCUUCAUCAGAACCUCAUCUUUAUCCUCCUCUCAGAACCAGAAUCAUGGCCAGCCAGUCUCAAGGGAUCCAGCAGCUGCUGCAGGCCGAGAAGAGGGCCGCGGAGAAGGUGGCCGAGGCCCGCAAGCGUAAGAACCGGCGUCUGAAGCAGGCGAAGGAGGAAGCUCAGGCCGAGAUCGAGCAGUACCGCAUGCAGAGAGAGAAGGAGUUCAAGACCAAGGAGGCCGCGGCUCUUGGUUCCCAUGGCAACAGCGCAGUGGAGGUGGACCGCGACACGGUGGAGCGCAUGGCUCUGAUCCAGGCCAGUUACCGUAGCAACAGGGAGACGGUGCUGGGAGACCUGCUGCGGCGCGUCUGUGACAUCACACCCGAGUUCCACGUUAACUAUAGGGUGGCCGGGUGAAGGGGGCGGGGCCUGGACGCUAGCGACAUUAGCUUCGUUAGCUUCUAUCACAGCCACAAGCAGCUUGGCGUUCCACCUCUUCCUGUUUCCUGUGUUGUUGCCGUGGUGAUGUUUACGUGUUGUUACCGUGGCGAUGUUUAUAUUUAUAUCAGGAUUCAUUUCCGAAACCAUUUCCUGCAUCUAACAAAAGCCUCACUGCAGAGAGAAUCAGCCAAUCAGGAGACAGUUAAAUUAAAUAAUAUAUAAAUAUCAGAUCUCUGAUUGGUUGGUCCUCUCUGAGCUCUCUCCUCCAAUCAGGAGGCAGUCUCUGCUCUCAGCUGACGGGCUGGAGAAGUGAGAAGACUUUUGUUGUGACAGUUUAGUUUGUUUCCUGUGUUUGACCAUGUGACUUCCUGUUGAUGUUCUGAUGACUUCCUGUUGAUGUUCUGAUGACUUCCUGUUGAUGUUCUGAUGACUUCCUGUUGAUGUUCUGAUGACUUCCUGUUGAUGUUCUGAUGACUUCCUGUUGUUUGUAAAGUGAUGAUGAAAACAAUAAACUGGAUGUUGAUCAA